AUUUAACAUUCUGUUGUAUCACUUUUAAAUGUAGGCUCAAAAUACAUUCUUGCCAUUUUAUUAAAUGAAUUUGCAUGGAACAGCCAUCAUUUAAAUGCGUUUCAACUGGUUGCCAUCCAUAGAAAGCUGCCUUUAAAACCCACUAAGGGUUAACAAUAUAUACUUCAUUCAGCACAUUACAAAAGGCUAAGGCCUUUGUACAUGAAGACAGUGUUUUCAGCUGAUACAGUACAUCUGUACACACGCCUCCUGAGUGACACCUGCUGUCACACAAGUAUGUAGCAGGUAAACAUCAGGCAGAGAGCUGUUCCAUAAGUUUCGGUUUUACAUCACUGGAACACAGUCACACCCUGAACCUUUUACUGUAAAGUGAAAGAUUAUCUGGCGAAGAGGAGCUUAGAAUCAGUAUCCACUUGUGCUGUAUCUCUGUGUUAACUGAUCAUAUUCUCUAGACCAGGAAUUGGGCUGGACUGAGCAUCACAACGGAGGAUCAAACACUGUAUUUCUGACCUUGGGUUUUUCACAGUUUAUUAUGGAAAGUCAAAGGAGAUCAAUUGGAGAUGAUUCUUCCAUUUCACCUGAGCUGGACCGCUUGAUCAGACAGAGAGGUCGAGAUCUACGGCUGCGUAAGCUUGACCAACAGAAUGCGGUGAAGAUAGUAAACCAUCUGAUUGAGAGCUUGCUGGAAUUCCUGAAAAAUAAUGAUGAUCAGCCCUUCUUCAGGGAGGUCUCAGUUCUCACCAGUGGCAGCUAUUAUGAGAUGGUGAAGAUCAACAAACCCAAUGAGUUUGACAUUAUGCUGAAAUUGAAAGUCCCAAGGCUUGUAUUGUCAAAUCUGGAAGAAUAUCAAGGACUGUUUUAUAAGAUAAAUCUUUUUAAAGCCACACGAACUGAAAUCCAGCAUUUUCUUCUGGAAGAUGAACGAACCGUCUCAGCCACCAAAAUCAAAGCAGAGAUGCACCGCUUGGUCCGCAAAUUCAUUAACAACCAUUUUCAAGGUGAAGGUUGGGUGAUACGCAGAAAUCUAAUAAAUUCACCGGCAGUGACCCUUGAACUUAAGCUAAAAGAGAAAGGCGAUGAUGUGAUGUCUGUAGACAUCGUACCUACUCUUGAGGUGCCACAAGGUUGGCCACAGGCAGCACGGGCAGGUCCCAAUAUAGACAAAUGGCUUGGGAAAAAAUGUCGCCGCCAGUUUGUAAGUAAGUCUGUGUAUUUCGUCCCAAAGAGACCAAAAGGAAGAAACCUCAAGGAUGAUGCCAAAGAGAGCUGGCGAAUAUCCUUCUCUCACAUUGAAAAAGAGAUGAUGCAGUAUCAUGGAAAUAAGAAGACGUGUUGUGAGACACAUUCCAAUAAGUGCUGUCGGAAACUUUGCAUGCGGCUUCUGAAAUGUCUGAUUGAGGGGCUGAAGCAGCAGUAUCCCAAAGAGCUUGAGCCUCUGUGUUCCUAUCAUGGGAAAACAGCCUUCUUCCACGUCCUUUCAGACAGAGUGCAAGAUUCCCUUUGGUCUCCAGGCCAGCUGUCCGUCUCCUUCAUGAAGCUCUUUGGAUACUUUGAGCAAUGUGCAAUAAAUGGUUCACUACCCCACUUUUUCGUUCGAGAGCAUAAUCUUUUCUCCCCACCUGCAUUUCCCAAGAGAGCUCUUAUAUUUCUGACUAAUGCUUUGAGGGAGCAAAGAGAACUGGGACUCCCUGUUUUGAAGGUGCCAAGUCCUACCUCUGCUCUUGUUCCUGACACUGAGGCUGUGAUUCACCCAAUCAGUGGCACAGACAGCAUUGUUGCCUCUGACCGUUCUUUUAAGCAUGUAUAUAUAUACUUACUGGUUGUUAUUGUGUGUGUAGGAAUCAUAUGUGUAUUUCAAAAAUGAAUGAUUUUUUUUUUUUAGAAUCCUUUCCCAAUAUGGAGAGGUAAUCAUCGUGCAAUAUAAUAUUAUUUUACAAUAUUUUUUUUAAUGAAAAUGAUGUGAAAAAUCAUCCAGUUUCAUAUGCUUAAAUUAUUUUGUGUGUGUUUUAUCAGACAUGUACAGCCAAAAACCUUGUUUGUAAACACUGUUUUAUAUGGAUCAUUGUG